CUGACCGAGCAGCAGCAAUGGCGUCCCACUUCCCCUCGCUCGCCGGCCUCCUCGCCCACCCCCCGCUGCUCCUCUAUGCCAUCACGUGGUCCGCCGUCGCCGCCAUGUCCGUGGCCGUGGCGGCUCUCGCGCCCGAGCUCGCCUACGUCUGGGGCAUCGCGCCGGGGGCGCCGCUCACCAAGGCGUGCCCCGAUGGCAACUUCGCGGGCGGCAGCAUCGGGCUGCCGUGGGACGCCGUCUGCGUGCCCGCUGGCCUCUUCGGCCGGACCGUGCCCGACGUGGUCGUCCUGCUUGUUUUCGCCGUCGUGGUUGUCGCCGGCGCCACCGCCUUCACCGCCGCCGUCGGCGUGUGGGGGGACGAUGACAACGACAUCGAGAUCACUAAGGUAGGACAGGUGUAGUAGACUAUGAUGCUAGCACUCGAGAUGUACUUGUAGGAGAUAUGCCCUAGAGGCAAUAAUAAAUGUUAUUGAAUAUCUCUCUGUUCAUAAUUAGGUUUAUGUUCCAUGCUAUAACUACUAUGGUUCUCGAGUCUACAAUAACCACG